AUGCCAAUCAGCACGCCUCAGAAAACUAAGGAGCCUAAAGUCACCGCCCCAGAAAAAGCGAAAGUGCCCCAAGUUAGCACGCCUCAAAAGGCUAAAGUUACCCAAGUCAGCACACCUCAGAAGAAGAGUGCGCCUCAAGCAAAACCCGCUACUCAGAAUAAAAACACACCCAAUAAAUCGACUCAGCCUCAACUCAAAGCAACAACCCCACCGCCAGCACCCACUAAAUCCCCCGCGGUCACCCCAUCUAAAAAGACACCAUCAAACGAAGAUCACUCGGUGGUGAAGACGGCGUUACUGGUUCGACCGCCCAAGGAUCAGAAAGCUGUAGCAAGUCCCUGGGCCAGGAAAUUACGAUACCUUGUUACCAUUGCGCCUUCAAGCGAAGUGUUCUCCAAAGUUGUGCCCGUAACUAAUAAGACGAAAUAA